AUGGAAGAGAAAUCACAAAGAAAUUCAACAGCUAGUACAUCAAAAAACUCAAUCAAUAAUCCGAACAUAACAAAGACUAAUGAUGCAAAGGCGCAAUCCACGCCAUCAACUAAGGUAAACAUAACCAAAGGGUCAACGCUUACAACCGAAUCACUCUCAACAACAGCGUCGUCAAUAAAUGAAAAUACGACUGUGGUCAGACCUACUACGACAGAUUCAAAUCUAGAAAUAUCAAUCAGGCUAAUAACUACAUCUGCGACAGCAACAACACACUCUUCUGAUACCAGCGAGCAGUAUGCAGAAAUGAAGUCUUCUAUCACGAAUGGGAAAAACCAAAAUGAAAUUGCAAAAACUACCACAACGCCAAAACUGGAAUUUGCAAGAAAUGGAACUUCAAAUAGCAAUAAAAGAAACACAGUUAAAAACGAAACGACAACUAUCAGUGGCGUAGAAGACGACAAUAGCACAAUCCUGACCACAGUAGAAACGACUACUAGAAAGAUUGAAAAUAGCAAUUCGUUUGAAAACGCGUCACAGCCACCAUUGGCAACCCACAAGUGUUAA